CAACGGAGAACAGAGUGAUCGGAGAGAAGGAGCAUAUGAGGGAGGAAAUUGAAGCUUGUCAUUGCUGAAUUGUGACAAAUGCCGAUAGCCAGGUACCAGCUGAAGAGCGAGCUCAGUUUGGCGGAUCCUGAGCUGUACAGAGUUGCCGAUAAGGAUGAUCCUGAAACUGUCUUAGAAGCUGUCGCCUUGGCCGGACUCGUCGGCCUGUUGCGCCAGCUCGGCGACCUUUCUCAAUUUGCUGCUGAGAUCUUUCGUGACCUGCAUGAAGAAGUAAUGGUCACUGCUGCAAGAGGUCAAGGUCUUAUGGCUCGUGCCCAACAGCUUGAGGCUGAAGUUCCUUCACUUGAGAAGGCUUUCCUAUCCCAACCUCAUCACUUAUCAUUUUUCUCUAAGGGAGGGAUCGGUUGGCAUCCAAAUCUUCGGUCUGAGCAAAAUCUUAUUACUCGAGGAGACAUGCCUCGAUUUGUAAUGGAUUCAUAUGAAGAAUGUCGUGGCCCUCCCCAGUUGUUUCUCCUGGACAAGUUUGACGUUGCUGGGGCUGGGGCAUGUUUGAAGCGUUAUACUGAUCCGUCAUUCUUUAAAUCGGAGCCAGCUUCCUCUGGACUAGCAACAGUUGAAGUGUUCAGGGAAAAGAAAAAUCAUAGAAUCAAGAAGAAAGGCACACGAAUGAGGAAUGGUGAAACCCCUGAAGUUGCAUCAACACAUACUAAGCUGCAUCAGUUGCUUCUUGAGGAGCGCAUUGAGAGUGCUUGUGCUGAUCCUGGACGUCAAGUGAAAUUGAAGAAUAGACAAUUAAAUGGCUCUGCAACUGAAACAAAAACUGGGAAAAGCUACAUGGAAAAAUUUCUGGAAUCUCCGUUGCAAGAUGAAGUGGUUCGUGAAACCUCAUUCUCUCCACCUCAUGUGAGAUUGGUGUCGGAUGAUACUAGUGAAGAAGGGAUUAAAAUACUUGAAAUCAGUACUGUUGGACCUGUAAAAAUGUCCUUGGAAAAUGAAAGGACAUGUUCAUGGACUAAUGAAGAGGAAGCAGUACUAAAGCCAUCCUCAGAAAAGCGCAGGCAGACAGAUGGCAAUCUUGUGAAGAAGCAUGAACAAGGCUCGUCUCGUGUCUCAGAUGAAAGAUCUUACAACUAUAGUGAGGUACCUCAUGAAACGAAAUUGGAAAUUGAUGAUCAAAAGGAAGGAGAAAAUUUCUUAUAUGGUUACCAUUCUGACGGUGAUUUGAGUGGGGAGGUUGACCAUCACUUGAAUGCGUUAGCUACCGUGGAGUCAGAAUUGGAUACAGGUUAUAAGUACAGAGAUAAGAACAGGUUCCUGCGUAUUCAGAACCUAAAAGAUUCUGAUGAUAGAGAACGUCAGCAGCGGGAUCGGUUUUUGCAUUCUCAAUCAUUUUCAGACUCCCUAGUGUCUGAUGAAAUUAGUUCAUUCAACCGAGAUAUAAAUGAAGUACAUGCUGAGCGACAAGCUCAAUUGUCCGAUUCUCAAUCAGGAAUCUCCUUCACAUCAGAUGAUCAAAGUUCACUCAAAAGGGAUAGAAAUGAAGAAUAUAGCAAACGGCAAGCUCAGUUUUCAGAUUUUCAAUAUAUCGGAAAAUCUUCCGCAUCAGAUAUGAAUAGUUCUUUUGACAAAGACAUUCCUUGUUUCUCUUGCUCUGAUUCUUUAAGCACUGUGGGUGAAAAUAUAACAUCAGAACCAGUGUCACUUAAAUCUAACAAGUAUAAUAGGUCUGAGAUUGAAGAUACAUCAUCAAACCAGCUUACUCAAAUUUUUGAGGCACAAAAAACAGAUCGGGGUAAGUUUCUCUUGCAUGGUGGUACACGUGAUCAGGAAAAAGUGGUUUCUGGUACGGGAGAUGAGUCGUCUGGUUCAUAUCUGAUAAAUUCAGGACGUAAGUCGCUAUAUUCAGAUCUUGCAUCCGCUUCAAUGAUGAAAAUAUCUAACAGGGAUCAAUCGAAGGAAACACCGACUGGCCUCAUUGAGCAUCAGUUAAGAUUAGCAGAUGAGGGCACAAGGCACCACGCUGAAUCUAUAGAUGCCAUUCCUGACGCUACAGUAUCUUCUGAAAAAGGUCUUUUGAACGAGUCUGCUGAUGGUGACCGAACUGUCAAUGGUAAUGCUAUAUUAAAUAUUUCAAAUGAUUUAAAAUUAGUUUCUGACAAUGAGCGCAGUGGAUGUUCCAAGAUCAAAGGAUUGCAAGCAGAAUCUCCGAGCCAAAACUGUUCUGACAUUUUGGUUUGUCGGGAGAUUGGUACAGAUGAACAUUCAAUUUGCUCAUCCACGGAAUUAGACAUGCAUUCUUUAAGUACUACCCUCAUGCUGGAUGUCCAACCUUUAAAACCUGCAGACUGUACUGAGUCAACACAUCUCAACUCACAAGAUGAAUCAGACUCAGUGGGAGUUGAAGCUGAAUGUUAUGAUCAGCAAUCAUAUUUUGGGGAGCUACCAGAAAUGGAGCAUAGUGAUGAAUUGAGUGGAUCCACUUGUAGAGUGGAUGCAGAUGAAGAUGACAAUCUUCAUAAAGGUUCAUCUUCUGGGGUCCAUGGUGGGCAGGAUUAUCAUGUCACAGAUGAUGUGGCUUAUACAGAACUUCAGCCAGAAGAUCAAUCAGUAUCUGUUGAUGCUGCUGAAAAUGAUGCGAAUAUUGCUUCUUAUCCCGCUUCCAGUAUGAUCUCUUCUGCAUCAAGAAAUCUUUCAAAUUUACAAGAACCAAUACCUGGCACAUGUUCCCAUGAGACAAAAAUGGAAUCUAAUCAGGUAGAACAGAUCAAGAUUGCUGUUGACUCGAAUGCAGAAAAUAGGGAGAAUGAACAGGAACCAUCUUCAGAUUCGAAUAUGGUAUCUACGUCAAUGACGAGUUCUACAAGUUUUGAGGAAUCUCAUUUCUCUUUUGCUGACCCUCAAGAGAAACAGAGGGAAAUUAGCGAGGCAGUCGAUAGAGAAUCCUUGAGAAAACUGGAGAAACAGGGGGGUGUGCAUCAACUAAAUGCUGCUUGUGCCAACGUAGAACUGAGCCUAAACAGAUCGGUGCCCUGUGAUAAUUCAGAAAUAUGUGAAAGUAUUAAAGGUUCGCUUCCUAAGGAGCAAACUGAACACAGUUCCGUCAAGGAUAAGAUUCUCAAGUUUUCAAAGCUAGAUUCUCAGGAACCAAAAUCCAUACCCCUUUUGCGGAGUAAACGUUUACGGAAUGGCCAAGAUGGUUUGGCAUCUUCUUUUUUUAACCAGCUGGAGUCUGGAAAUCGUUUGAAGAAGUCUUCGCAAUUACAAGAUGGUCAAGGGGAUGCAGGAUUUCUACCUAGCUGUGCAGAAAUUUCUUCCUCAAACAAACAUCAACCUGAACAGGUGCAAAUAUCAGAACACUUGGAAAAGGAAAGAAACUCUAGUGCUUCCUCUACAUCUGUUUCUGAAAUCCAUCUAGGUCAAUCUUCGUCAUUUGAAUCAUUUUCAAUAUCAGUAAGCCAGGAGGUUAACUCCACAAAACAUGUCAUGAACGAGCCUCUUUCUCCUCUUCAGGCCUCCUUAUCCGAGGCACCUAAAAUCAAUUUUGGGGAGAUGCCACCCAUGCCCCCGCUCCCACCUAUGCAAUGGAGAACAGGUAAGGUUCAACCUUUUUCCCUCGCUUCAAAUAGAGAAGUCUCAUUCCAACCAAUACAGUCGAUUAAAACUGGAGAGCAGGCUCGAUAUAGUUUACCAAUUUCCGAGAGAGAAGCUUUGCAGUUUCAGAAUCCUGUUAUAUCUGUCAUGGCUGUGGAAGGUGAAAAGCUCCAGAAUACCUCAGGAUUUUUGGUGGGUGGGCAUCCUGUCGCAAUUUCUAUGCAACUACCAAUCAUGCUUAAUGAAGUAAACGGCAAAUAUAAUUACCUGGUUUUGGAGAGAAGCCAGACCCACAACCCAUUCCUAACAUCAUCUGUGCCUGUGGUACCUGCCGGCAAGCCUGCCGAAGGUUACAUUGGUGCCUCAGAGGGAGAAAUGGUACAAAAUUCAAACACAAGCUCACCAAUUCCACCUGUUGAGCGUGCCAUUUCUGAACAAGAUUCCAUCUCUCCAGAGGAACUGUCUCAACCACCAAGUCAACCUAGUUUAAAAGUUAAAACACUUCAGCGGUCUGCAGAUAAUCUGGAAGGGAAGCAAGGAGAUCCUUCUAAUUCACCAAUGUCACCACCAGGCAUGGAAAAUGUGCAGCCUAUUCACAACCUGCUGCCUUCGGAAGGGAAGCAAGGAGAUCCUUCUGAUUCACCAAUGUCACCCCCAGUCGCGGAAAAUGUGCUGCCUGAUCACAAUCUGCCGCCUUCGGAAGGGAAGCAAGGAGACGAUUCUAAUUCACCCAGGAAUGAAAUGGCUUCGACAUUGGAUAAGUCCGCUCUAGCAUCAGAUUUUGAGAGGGAAAGACUAAAUGGGAAGCCAAACGACAAGCUUCCUCGUCCACGGAGUCCCGUGAUUGAUGCAGUUGCUGCUCUUGACAAAAGCAAGCUGAGGAAAGUUGCUGAACGUGGGCCUCCGAAAGUACCAAAGAUAGAAGAAAGAGAUUCAUUUCUAGAGCAGAUAAGAACAAAGUCUUUCAACUUGAGGCCCGCUGCAACAAGACGAAACCGCUAUCACUAUCAGGGGCCAAGAACAAACUUAAAGGUCGCCGCCAUCUUGGAAAAAGCAAAUGCAAUUCGCCAGGCUCUGGCCGGGAGUGAUGAAGAUGACGAAAAGGAUGGUUGGAGUGAUUCUUAAAUCUUCAAGGGGUGCUGAUUUAUAUCUUACUACCGUGGUUUCCACCUUGAGUCGGACGUGCACAAUUUCUCCCCUCUUGUGAAUGAGAAAUCUCUAUGAAGUAUAAGAUUACAAGUUCAUGUAUGAUACUGCGCACUCCAUAUGGCUCCCCUUUUAUCUGUUCACACCCAGAUGCUUGCAAGGCAUAGGCAUGCAGCUUAGCAAGCAUCCCUGAUUCUUUUCAGUGGUGAUGCCUUUCUGCCCCAGAAGAUUCAGGGUCCAGGCUCAGAGUGGAAGUGCUUUACCUUUAUUCCCGUUUUUUCUUUGAUAUAUAAAUAUUGUAUAUUUGUGGCAUGGGUGGCCUUUUUUAACCAUAUAGUUUUAUUUAUAGCGAACGAUGUGCAUGAAAUUUUGUAAUCCUGUGAUGCAUCCUUUUUUAAAUUAUUUGUACAAUUGCAGCUCAUUAAUCAUGUUUGUAUCUAGUGUAAUUACAUAUUUAAGUUGAAAAAAAAAAAUCAUUCGAGAUGUACAUGUUGUGUGUGUUUGUGCAUAAAGAAA